GAGUCUGCACUCCUAAGUCAGUCAGUCUUACUGCUCCCUGGCCCAGCAACCCAAACAGACAGGACCAUGGUUGUGCUCCGUUCCUUACUCCCACACCUGGGGCUGUUCCUGUGCCUGGCUCUGUACUUUUCUCCUGCCUUCUCUGCAAGUAAUAAUGACUCCUGUGUGAUCGUUGAUAAAGCCUCCGCCUCCGACAACUUGGAAAUCAGCACUAAGGCUAACGUCUCUGGUGGGAACACAGUCUAUACAGUGAAGGUCCCUGUGAACGAGUCAGUCAGCGCCGUCAUCCUGAAGGCAGUGAACCAGAGCAACGACUCAGUGGGCAUCUGGACUGGAAAGUUCGAGAAAUGCAAUGACACCAGUGUCUAUCGCUUGACACCCUCAAGCAGCACAGACUUCGAGGCGAUGUUGCAACUUCCCAAUUCCGAGGACGUGACUAAAAUCAACCUGCAAGUCUUCAUCGUCGUCAACCGCACAGCUGCAAUGGCAUCUGUGAGACUGAAUCAGUCAAUACCUGUAAUCUUGACCCCCACCCCACCUACGAUUUCUGAGACCAGCCAGACCACAGCUGAGACCAUAGCCAAGACCACAGCCAAGACCACAGCCAAGACAAUAGCCGAGACCACAGCCAAGACUACAGCCAAGACCAUAGCUAAGACCAUAGCCAAGACCAUAGCCAAGACCACAGCCAAGACCAUAGCCAAGACCACAGCCAAUGCCACAGCCAUGACCACAGCCAAUGCCACAGCCAUGACCACUGUCAAGACCACACCCAUGGUCACAGGCAAUGCCACAGUCAAGACUACUGCAAAGACCACACCUAUGACCCCAACCAAAAGCCUGGCUAUCAACAUUCUCGCCAGCCCCCUCACAGGUGCCCUCCACAUCCUGCUUGUUUUUCUCAUCAGCAAACUCCUCUUCUGAAGGAAACUGAGGAAGCAAAUCUCCAAGCUCCCAAACUCAUUCCAGGCUAGUACUUAAACACAUGUGAACGAAGGCUUUAUGUUCUCAGUGUGCAACGCCACCACCUCUGACCGCAGACCUGUGACACUCACUGGUGCAUUUGAAGGACACAAAUGUUUUUCUGGACCUUUCAGGGAACAAAUUCUGUUUUUUUGUAACUGCUUAGACCACCCUACUUGUGACCUGGAGUUCUGACUCUCAGGUUAACAUGUUGACAGUCAAUCUGAACUUGUGGUUCUUGCCAAAGGAUUCCCAUGAGCCUCCUGGGUUUCAGGGUGGGGAAGGAAUAUCCUUCUUUACUUUCAGGCUGACUUCAGAUUUCUGGCCAAACCUACUCAGGUUACAAAGAACUUCUGUGACUUAUGUGACUGAAGGAAAAAAAGAGAAAUGAGUGAUAAUCCUGUGGCUGCUAGCAGAUUCCCAUUGUGCCCAGACCAGUAGGUUUUGAAGAGUGAAAGCAUAUGAAAACUAUGCCUGAAAAGCCAAUGACAGGACACAUGACUUUUUUUUUCCUAAGUCAAAUAAAUGAUACAUUGAACAAGAAUAAUGAAUGUGCUAAAUUGAAAGUAAGCCUUGGGCAUGGAGGGAUGGCUCAGAGGUUAAGAACACUGUCUGCUCUUUCGAAGGGCCUGAGUUCAAGUCCCAGCAACCACUUUGGUGGCUCACAACCAUCUAUAAUGCGAUCUGGUGCCUUCUUCUGGUGUAUGGGUGUACGUGCAAGAAGAAUACUGCAUAUAUAAUGAUA